UCCGUGGCCUCUGCGCUUCCCGACCGCAGUACCUCGGGAACCGCCGGCUGCGUCGACGCUCGCGAUCCUGCUCUCGUAUAUACUUGUUCGACUCACCCUCGGCUCUUUCAUCGUUAUUCGCUUUGAUCGGCACAUCGGUACAGCGUCAUUUGUUUCCCUUUGGUUUUUCUCCCUCGUAUAAAGCUCCUUGUACGGCUGCACCAUCGGUAUUCAUUGAUCGUACCCGCAAUUAACGGCUAUGCCACGAAUACCAAGCGAUCGGAUACUUACCCGAUAAUAGUAAUAAUUGUACGUACAUCGCGCCCGCGUCCCGAUAUACACUGCACCUCUUAAAACGCGUACGAGACAAGCCAAAGUUACACCCAAAGUCCUAUACACGUAAAACACGCGCGCACAUUGGGAGGGUAAAAAAGGCCGGCUUAAUUCAUCCGGCUUUUCGACUUUCAAAGGCUGCUUUUCCUCGCCGAAGCGCAUGGAACUGCAACUAUGCACGCGUUCACGUCUUUACAAUUACGCGGGUGUGUACGCUAAUGCCAAGGUUUUCGCGACAGAGAAGGACUCGAUCGUGCCGAUCGCUAUGUUUGUGAAUAAGUGAUACCGAUUAUACAUUGAUUGCCAAUUUGCGGGCGUAAGUAACGGCGUGAUAUAAAUCCACAUCAAGAGUCAUGAGCAACAUGCCCACGAGUAUAAUGAACGUAGAGUGCGGGUGUUGUUGUUGUUGGUGUUGGUGUUGGCCACCGGUUGCAGUCGCGCCGACAGUCCCAACAGCAGGAGUAUACUCCCAGCAACGGUCGAUCGAGGGAGCGACAAACUAACUCUUUUUGUCCUCUGCGCGCCCGUGCAACUUUGUAAUUAUACCCUGGUCCGAGGGGAUCGACGAGAGAGCCACAGACAUCUCCCUCGCCUCUGUCGCGGAAAAAAGAAAAUGUGGGCUACUCGAAAGAAACGGCACUCGCUGGUUUUGCUGCUGUCGCUGUUGGCCGCGGUGGACGUUGCGAGGGCGUCGACGCACUGCGAGCAAAAAUGGGACGACAUAAAAGCCCCCCACAUUGUCGCCGAGACUUAUCACAUUCACCUGCUCAAGGUCAACACGACCGAGGAGUACCAGAGCUUCAUGCCCAAUACCAAGUACCAAGUGGCGGUAAGAUCGGACGAUGCCGAUGUUAAGUUCACGCGGUUCUACCUGACGGUGGAGAACGAGAAUCGUUCGCUCGGUCACGGCCGGCUCGAGCUCUACGACGUCGACUUGAGCCAGUUUUCCCAGGAUUGUCCGGACUCGGUGGUCCAGACGUCCCAGAUGCUCAAGGACGAGAUCUCCACGUACUGGAUCAGUCCCGACGAGGGCAGCGGCUGCGUCACCUUUAGGGUGUCGAUAAUGGAGUCGCCGUCGCGUUGGUUCAUGGACGGGAGUCUCGAGCAGCGCUUCUGCCAGGACCCAAAGGCAAGCAUCGACGACCCGGGUCCCGUGUUGCCGGAGUGCUGCGCCUGCGACGAGGCCAAGUACGAGCUCGCCUUCGAGGGCCUCUGGUCCCGUUACACCCAUCCCAAGCACUUUCCGAGGAGGGAAUGGGUCGCCGUGUUUCCCACGGUCCUGGGAGUAUCCCACUCGCCUGGCUACAAUUUCUGGCGGAGCUACGAACCCGCCAGCCGGGGUCUCGAGAAGUUUGCCCUCACCGGGGACACCGUCCACCUCGAGUCGGAGCUCAAGUCCAACUUAGGUUAUGUGCCUACCAAAUACUACCCACCGGACUUUGAUCCGUCAAAGAUUCCGCGCAUGAAAUUGGCCCGCAAUCGGCAAUACACGGUUCGAUUGAUGGCCCCCUUCAAUAUGAGGUGCAAAACCUGCGGAGAGUACAUAUACAAGGGCAAAAAAUUCAACGCCCGCAAAGAGGACGUCGAGGGCGACACUUACCUGGGAAUUCGCAUCUACAGGUUUUACAUAAAGUGCACCAGGUGCCUGCAGGAGAUAUCCUUCAAGACGGACCCAAAGAACACCGACUACGAGAUCGAGGCUGGCGCGACAAGGAACUUUAUGGCUCUCAAACUGGCCGAGGAGCAAGCUCAACGCGAGGAGGACGAGGAGAAGGAAGAGGAGGCCACCAACCCCAUGAAGCUCCUGGAGAAGCGUACUCAGCAGUCGAAACAGGAAUUGGAUCUCUUGGAGUCUCUCGAGGACCUAAAAGAUCUCAAUAGGCGGCAGCAGACGAUUGAUUACGAUGUGAUGCUAGAGCAGUACGACACGAGUGCCGAGAGGCAGAGAACAGAAAAGGAGCAGGAGGAACUGGACGAGCAGCUGGUCAAGGAAAUAUUCAAAAACAAAAAGAGGACGAUCGGCAAAGUUGUGGAAGAAGAAACGGUCGAACUCGAGGACGAUGCAACUGCAACUACUGCUGCUGCUGCUGCUGCUGUUGUGACUGAUGAACCGUCCAAUAAAAUGCAAAAAACAGCACCCAAGGCGUGCAGGGUGACCGCGUGGAGCGAUUGGGGCGAGUGCUCCGAGACUUGCGGCCCAGGAGUCAAGCGGAGAACGCGCCAAUACAAGAACGAAAAGUCCGCGGCCAAGCGCCGCUGCGAGUCGCGACUCACGGACGAGGCGACCUGCCAAUUGAGCGAUAAAUGCCCGGACAGCGAGCCGGACCCGGAAAAGUGCCCGCUGACCGAGUGGGCCGAGUGGUCGGCGUGCUCCCGCUCCUGCGGCCCCGAGAGCAAGACUCGCGAGCGCACCUUCCGGGGCAAGCGCCGGCGCAAGCAGUGCCAGCACCUCUACCCGGGGGCCGAGCUCCGGCAGACCGAGGACUGCGGGAACCCCGAGUGCGCGGGAGGCGAGCCCGACAAGGAGACCACGGGCGACGCCGUCACGGUAAGCGAGCACACCGAGGAGGAGGCCUCGAGCGAGCCUCCGACCGACGAGCCACCGUCCUCGGACGACGGUGGUGGUGGCGGUGGUGGUGAUGAUGAUAAUGAUGAUGAUGAUGAUGAUGAUGAUGAUGAUAAUGAUGGUGAUGACGAUGAUAUGGUGGGGGCGGAGAACGUCGGUAGACGCUACGAGCUCGAACGGCCUGAUUAUACCACCGCUACUUUUGUAAGGCGCCGUAAAAAGGUAUCCAAGUGCGUGAGAGAGAGGUACACCGAGUGGUCUUUGUGGAGUCCGUGUUCGGUAACCUGCGGUCUCGGUACCAAGAGCCGCUCGCGCCAAAUAAAACCCGGCUGGGACGAGCCGGCCACGAGCCCCGACAGGGACCUCAGCCUCUACGAGUGCCAAUUCGAGUCGACGACCUGCAUAGCCGAGACGGCAUCCUGCGACAUCACCAGAGAACAAAUCGAGGUGAUUUGCUCGCAGCCGCUGCAGCCCGGCCGGUGUCCCGACGGGCACAACGACAACAGCUUGCGCUACUAUUACGACAAGCCCGGGGCCAAGUGCGACAUAUUCCACUACGCGGGCUGCGAGGGCAACAUGAACAACUUCCGCACCCAGCAGGAGUGCCAGGACACCUGUCUCAGUUUUCUGGAUUAUGCGAAUUUAAGAAAAUACAAACUAAUGCUGAGCGGCAUUGUCACUUACAAUAUACCGUAUACCGGGGAGCAGCAAAUAAUCAAGGCUAAGCGCACGAAAUGCGACGAAGAGGACACCGAUGAGGAGAGUACGGAAAACGCCGAGCGUAAGAAGAAGAAGAAAAAGAAGCAUCGAAAGGAGACCAAGUCGAAUUCGGCGUACGAAAAGUCGCAUUGUAAAGUUACGGAGUGGGGCUCCUGGUCGCCGUGCUUUGGCUGCAAGGGCUACAGAACCAUGAGUCGUGAAAUCUUGGCUUAUCCGCGAAACGGAGGAAAAGCUUGCCCUACGAAAUUGAUACGCAGACAAAAGUGUCACAAAGUCAUGCCAGAGUGCGACAAACAAAAAUCGUCCGACCUGAGGAACCUUGAUCGCAACGAUGGAAGCUCUGCUGCAGCAGAAGAUGAAUUGGUGCAGUGUCGAGUAAGUGAGUGGAGUGCUUGGACAAGCUGUUCGGCGAGUUGCGGCGCGGCACAGCGCUGGAGGACGAGAUACGUAGCGGCGGCUGGGAAUCGGGGGUCGCGAGCGAGGCCCUGCCCACCCCUCACGGAGAUCGAGGAGUGUCGAUUGCCGCCCUGCUAAGCGGAAUUUGCAAAUCGUGAAAAAAAAAAAAAA